CAAGGAUGAUCCGUGGCAUCUAAAAAGCCCUGAUGUACAGCACCCAUGACGCGCCCACUCCUCAGCAGCAUCUAGUGGCUGAAGCGAGCAUCGCUCUCGGAUGAGAGAGCGACAGGCAGGGAGAGUUAGAGCAGCUGGAGCGCUUCACUAUGGACCAGCACGGCCCCUGCGCUCUCUGACCGAUCGUCUACAUUCUCAUUUUGCUUGAACAACUCUCCAAACACACAGGUUAUGCCACCCCACAGGCUGACUGGAAAUCCAGCCGUGAAAGAGAAGGGCUGAUCCCAGACCCCCUCGUGUUCCCGCAGCUGCGCCCCUCCCUGUCCCCAUGGCGACAGGAGGCCAUGCCCCCGAGACAGAUGUGUUGAUCAACCUGCAUCAGGUUUUGUCGGAAGAAGAGAAGGGCUCCACAGCAGGACAAGAAGAUGAGGAAUGGGAGAAGGCCUUGUCUGUGGAGAGGUUUGGGGACAUCAUUACUGAGUCUGCCAUCAAUGGUGCAGACAAAAUGGGCCGCAGCUACAAUGAGAAAGACUUUGAGUAUCACCGGCACACCUUCCACCACACCCACCACCCCUGUCCACCCACUCCCCCCCAGCGUUUCCGCAAAAGGGUGCUCAGUAUGGACCGCCGGCGAAAGAAAAAGAGGAAGAAAAAGAAGACGUCCAUGCCCCCGUCAGAUGUCACGCCCACUAUUCAUGAGGUGGAUGAGGAGGAGGCGGAGUCUGAGACGGAGGGCCAGUGCCAAGCAGCCACGCCUACUGAGCCAUCUGAAGAGCUGCCACAGCUCAGUUUGGGAAGUGAGGAGGACCUGGCGGCUGAUCUCUCUCUCACCAUCUUUCAUUUGGAGAGCGAGAGACCCCCGAGCAGUGAGGAGGCUCCACCUACCCCCACCGGAAUGGAGGAGCAGCAGCAGGAAGCACAAGAACGACUUAAUGGAGAAGAGGAGGAAGAGGUUUCCAACAGGUUUAGCCCUUCUCCAGAACCUGCCACUAUGACAACACGAGGCUGGUUUCGCAGGAAACCCGUCCACCGGCUGGCUGGAGCCCAGCGGACCAGCUACGACCUACGAGAACGCAUCUGCAUUGGCAGCAUGACUGCCAUGGAGACUGCGGUCUACCAGAAAGUACCUACGGACGAAGCAGAGGCUCAGAUGCUUGCCAGCGCUGACCUGGACGACAUGAAAAGUCACCGUUUUGAGGACAAUCCUGGGGUUAGACGUCACCUCGUCAAGAAAUCAUCACGCUGUCAAUUACCACGAACCAGCAAUAGCUCACCCCCUCUUUCCAGUCUGAAAAGGAGGAAGAGGAUGGACAAGAAAACUCAUGAGGUGUUUGUGGAGCUCAAUGAGCUGAUAGUGGAUAAGAACCAGGAGAUGCGCUGGAAAGAGACGGCACGUUGGAUCAAGUUUGAGGAAGACGUGGAGGAGGAGACGGAUCGCUGGGGUAAACCGCACGUGGCCUCGCUGUCCUUCCGUAGUCUGCUGGAGCUCCGCAGGACCAUCACACAUGGUGCCAUAAUGCUAGAUCUGGAUCAAACCACACUGCCUGGCAUCUCCCACUUGCUGGUGGAAACCAUGAUCAUCUCGGACCAAAUCAGAGCCGAAGACCGAGCCAACGUGCUGCGAGCCCUUUUGCUCAAACACAGUCACCCCAAUGAUGAGAAAGAGGGCCUUUUCCAUCGGAACCAUUCUGUCAACAGCUUGGGCAGCUUCCGUCACAACCACAAUCACAUUCACGACACCAGCCUGCCCCUGGUGUCCCAGGACCACGAGGAGGUGCAUGACAGCAAAGCGGCAGAACAUGACAAAGAGAAAAACCUCCACCCUGUCCCAGCUGAGGGACAUGCUGCCGCCAGAUCUAUGAAACUCUUGGCAAAGAUUCCCAAGGAUGCCGAAGCCACUGUGGUCUUAGUGGGGUGUGUGGAGUUCCUAGAGAAGCCCGCGAUGGCCUUUGUCCGGCUGAACGAGGCUGUCCUGCUGGAGUCCGUUCUGGAAGUCCCCGUCCCGGUUCGGUUCAUCUUUGUGCUGCUGGGCCCCACGCAGACCAACAUGGACUAUCAUGAGAUUGGACGCUCCUUCUCAACCCUAAUGUCUGAUAAGAACUUCCAUGAGGUAGCAUACUUUGCUGAUGACCGCCAGGACCUGCUUAAUGGAAUCAAUGAGUUCUUAGACUGCAGUAUUGUAAUUCCACCAUCGGACGUCGAGGGAAAAGACCUGCUGAAGACAGUGGCCUCCUUCCAGAAACAGAUGCUACGCAAGCGCAAAGAGAGGGAGUACAAAAGAUGCGGCAGUACCAUUACAGGAGCUGAGCAGGAGACCAAAGACGUGAGUACGGAUGAACAGGAGGAGGAGGAUCAGUUUGAUGUCGACCCUCUCAAGCGCUCUGGUAUUCCCUUUGGAGGUCUGAUCCACGAUAUUCGCCGCCGUUAUCCACGCUACAUAAGCGACCUGAAGGACGCCAUGGACACACAAUGUUUUGCUGCUGUCAUUUUCAUUUAUUUUGCUGCUCUUUCACCCACUAUCACCUUUGGAGGUUUAUUAGGUGAGAAGACACAAGGCAUGAUGGGAGUCUCUGAGCUCAUUAUCUCCACGGCGACAGUGGGGGUGCUGUUCUCCCUGCUAGCAGGACAGCCCUUGCUCAUAAUUGGCUUCUCUGGACCACUUUUGGUCUUUGAGGAGGCAUUUUAUAAGUUCUGCCAGGCGCAGGGCUUCGAAUAUCUCACAGGCCGAGUGUGGAUCGGGUUCUGGCUCAUCUUCAUUGUCCUGGUGAUCGUGGCAGCGGAGGGGAGCUUCCUCGUGCGCUACAUCUCCCCUUUCACCCAGGAGAUCUUUGCGUUUCUCAUCUCUCUCAUUUUCAUCUUUGAAACCUUCUCUAAGCUAAUUAAGGUGUUUCAAGAGCACCCUCUGAUGAAGAGCUACCCUACAGCUCCUGUACUGCCUGCCUUCAAACCCAUAGACCCACAAGGGAACGGUGUGAUUGGGGAAGCCAUCCUCAACCAGCCCAACACAGCCCUGCUGUCCUUAGUGCUCAUGAUGGGAACCUUCUUUGUGGCCUUCUUUCUGCGAAAAUUUCGUAACAGCAGAUUCCUCGGUGGAAAGGCCAGACGAAUCAUUGGUGAUUUCGGGAUUCCUAUCUCUAUACUGAUCUCUGUGCUGGUGGACUGCACCAUCCCUGAUACAUACACACAGAAGCUGAACGUCCCCUCUGGUUUCUCGGUCACAUCUCCGGACAAACGGAGCUGGUUUAUCAGUCCGUUUGGAGAUAAACAGCCUUUCCCGGUUUGGAUGAUGGGGGCCUCAGUGAUCCCGGCCCUGCUUGUUUUUAUCCUCAUAUUCAUGGAGACUCAAAUCACCACCUUGAUAGUGAGCAAGAAGGAGAGGCGUUUGGUCAAGGGUUCUGGCUUUCAUCUUGACCUGCUCCUGAUAGUGAUUUUGGGAGCUAUCUGCCCGCUCUUUGGUCUGCCCUGGCUGACUGCCGCCACUGUGCGCUCGGUGACUCACGUGAAUGCUCUGACAGUCAUGAGCAAAGCCACUGCCCCUGGAGAGAAGCCCAUGAUCCAAGAAGUUAAAGAGCAGAGGGUGACAGGGAUGUGUGUGGCUAUCCUAGUGGGUUUGUCUAUAGUGAUGACAGAUGUGCUGCGUCAUAUUCCUCUGGCUGUGCUGUUUGGGAUAUUUUUGUACAUGGGCAUCACUUCUCUUACUGGUAUCCAGCUUUAUGAGCGAAUCACACUCAUGGUCACGCCCGCCAAACAUCACCCUGACCACAUCUAUGUUACCAAGGUGAAGACUUGGCGUAUGAACAUGUUCACCCUCAUUCAGUUGUUGUGUAUCGUCCUGCUGUGGGUGGUGAAGUCGACCGUAGCCUCUCUGGCCUUUCCCUUCAUCCUAAUCAUGACCGUACCUCUGCGUAGACUCAUCCUGACCAGGAUCUUUGAGGAAAGAGAGCUUGCAGCGUUGGAUGCUGAUGAGGAUUCGCCCAAUUUUGAUGAAGAUGGACGUGAUGAAUACAACGAGAUCCACAUGCUUGUCUAGAUGCAGGUCACAUGGCUCACCUCUUCACUGACCGAUCGAUCGCGGGUCUAUGCAUAAUGGGAAAGGUGUACAGAAUCUGAAGAACUCUGAUGUACUGCCCUCUUUCAGAAUUAUUUCUUUAAAAUCAUGUUUUGGAUACUUUUAUUUAUUUAUUUAUUCAUUUAUUUCACUCCCAAAAAUGUGGCCUAUGUGUUCGACUGCUCCUGCCCAGUGACCUUUGAAUAUAAGAUAAAAAUACGGCCCGUGCACCUUAGACCUCCCAAAGUGCGGUGAUGGUGAGACAAAUCCGAUAAGUUGCACCCAUCCAGACCAGACCUAUACUGCCUGUAGAUCUUUGUUGCCUUCUACUGUACUGUAGGCAUUGACCACAGGGUCUGAAUAUUACAGUAGCAUGACCUCUCAGUGCCCUUUGAGCGGUCAAUUCCUUUGCUGUGCAGUCCCGUUGCUUGAAAACAGUAGUGCAGUCCCUUUAGACGUACUUUAUGCAGUAGUGAGAUUACUUUGAUUGAUGUAUGCAGUGGUUACAAUAUGUUUGAAGGUGCAAUAAGCUAUUUUUUUUAUUAUGGAACAGCAUGCAGAUAAUGUCCAUGCUUCCUGACAGAUAUUACUCUCAGCCUGUCAGUCAUUUUGAAUUCAGUGGCUUGUGGGAGUUAGCAAAUGACUAACAUUGCUUACAGCACCUUUAAUGGAAAAAAGGAUUAUUUAGCCCUCCAAACAUGAUUUCCCUUCCAAACAGAUUUUAUUUUAUUUUAUAUUUUAUUUGAUUUUCAAGAAAUUGUUAUUUAACCCUCCGAACAUGACUGCUAAUAUUUUUUUAUUUUAUUUUAUUUUAUUUUAUUUUAUUUUAUUUUAUUUUAUUUUAUUUUAUUUUCAAGAAAUUGUUACUUAACCCUCUGAACAUGACUGCUAAAAUUUUAUUUUAUUUUAUUUUAUUUUAUUUUAUUUUAUUUUAUUUUAUUUUAUUUUAUUUUAUUUUAUUUUAUUUUAUUUUCAAGAAAUUGUUACUUAACCCUCCGAACAUGACUGCUAAAAGUUUAUUUUAUUUUAUUUUAUUUUAUUUUAUUUUAUUUUAUUUUAUUUUAUUUUAUUUUCAAGAAAUUGUUAUUUAACCCUCUGAACAUGAACUAAAAGUUUAUUUCAUUUUAUUUUAUUUUAUUUUUUAUUCUAUUUUUUUUUUCAAGAGAGUAUCUCUCUGAACACUACGUGUAUUUUAUUUCAUAUUUGAUAUUUUUCAUAUUAGAUUAUUUUGUUUUGAUUU